UAUGACCAUAUGGCAUCGUGACUAUCCUUUAUAGUCGAAACAGCACUGAUAAUACUUCGAGUCGAGGUCAAUCCCAGAUAUCGGUUAUAAUGCACUGGACAGUUCUUCAUUGUCAAAUUCUUGCGCCCGUAAUCACACGUCAAUGAUGCAUAGAGUCCUUGGUUUUCUGGCAUGUAUGGUUGCCAUGACGUGCGCCAUGACAACCACAAAGGCACCACCUCACCAUGGUCAUCACGGGACACACCCACCUCCUAUCGGAGAGGGAUUUAUUUUCAGAUACGACCCUAAUGCGCAUCGUAUGGCAGUGGUCAACAAUCACCAGUGUUGGAUCUACCACCCAUCAGAUGACGAACAGAGACACAUCAAGGAUAUACAUGUCCUCAGGAACCUUGAGGCAAAACUUAUCCAGUUGGUUGACAACACACCACACGGAACGCCCUUGCCUCAUGGCGACCUAGCCCUGAUGAGUGUGACACUCUCGCACAUAUGUAAGAUUGACUGGCCAAUCAUUACUCUUAACUGAAUAUCGAAACUGUGUCAUCAUAACGAAAUAAACAAAUCUCUCUCAUA